UUAGCGCCAUAUUGAAAUCUUUGUUUUGACAUGCGACAGAUUCAGACUUGAUCUGUUUCGUUUGUAGUUAGCGUUUUGAUUACAGCAAGAUAAAAGUGAAGGUUUCCACUCUAUGGAGAGAUAGACUACAAGGUCAGAGGUCACAAUGAGUUUGCGCCCAAGGCCUGUCACAGCAACAGUCACCAAACCAAAAUGGAUGGAGCCACAAGUUUUUCGACCUCGUUCUUUAUCCUUGGACUCGGGCGGGUCUACUGCAUCCUUGACCUCUGUUCUAGACCACGAUAGCUACAUCAGUCCAAGUCCGAGUGAUGACGAGGAGGACUGGACCUAUGACAAGGAAAACUGUGGAAGGAGUGCGGAGAAUGAAGUAAAGGGAGACAAUAACAAAGAGCACUGUAUAGAUAGAAAGGCCCCUGAAAGGAAAUUGGCAGAGUAUGAUGAAAGUACAUAUACAGAAGUGACAGAAAGUGAGAACAGUCCUGAAGGUAAACUGUCUCCCUGGGAAAAAUGGCUUAUCUCUAAGACAAAAUCAGAACGCAAGUCACGUAAACAGAAGGUUCUAGAAAAGAAAGAACAAAAACAGAAACAAGAGGAGGAGAAACUCACCAAAGAAAAAGACAAAGAGAAAAUAGAAGAAAAUCGUCGAAAAUGGUUAGCAGAAAAACAAGAGAGAGCAAAGCUACGCAGAAAAAUGGAACAUCAACGAGUGAAAAUGGAGGAAAGACUUAAAACUGAACAGGAGAGAGACAUUGCUGAAAAAGCUGAAAAAGAGUUUAAAAAGUGGAAGGUAGAGAAAAAGAAGGCUGAGCGGGAAAAAGAACAGAAAGAACGACAGAAACAACAGGAGAAGGAGCAGAAGCAGGUAGAAAAACAGAAAAAAGCGGAAGAUAAAUACAAGGAAUGGUGUCUAAAGGCUGCCAACAGGCCUAAGUCCGUCCCCAACAGCUUCGGCUACACCUCUGGUAAACUCACAGUUCCAGAUGCCUUUUAUGGUUACCAUGACACCAGUGCCUACCCUCCCCCCUCGUUCUACAACCCUCUACCCUGGCACCACAACCCUGUCCCAAAACAGAAGACAGACAAGAACAAAAUAAAGACGAAACCAAGCAAGGCAAAGAACUAUGUAUGGAACCCUAGCAAGUACUUCUGAGGAGGAUAAAGCAUGGAUAGACGUUUUAUACUGUGAAUGUGUCUGACUAGUUCAAGUGUCAAUGUACAGAGCCUAUCAUCAAGUGGGGCCAAUAUCACAAACCGCACCAUAUUGUACAAUUUCAGAGAUAAAAGAUCUUAAUUUUAGUAGAUUUUUUUUAUAUAAUUACAAAAUAAAAUGUAUCAUUUAUUUCAAUAAAAAACACAAUUUAUUUUGGUGGAUACAUAUGUAUCUACUGUUUAAUUUUCAUUUUUCAAUUUUGGCUUUAACUGGAAUGUGCCUGAAAAUUUGGAUACACUAUCCUAUGUGUUUGUGUCCUGACACAAGGUCUUGUUUCAUAAAUUGUAAAAUCUAUGAUAUAAGAGACAUAGUCCAUGUGAUCAGUCUGAAUGAAAAUAAUUGUAUAUUUAUUUCAAUAGCCCAAUUGCUAGACGAUUGUAGUACUGCAAGCUGAGUCAGCGAAAAUAUGCUUAAAAAAAACAUGUGUAUAAAUGUUUUGUAAUUAAUAAUUCAUUUGUAUUGUUAGACUUUUUUAUUUAUGGAGAAAAGUUUGUGUGUGGGUUUUUUUUCGCCCUUUAAAGUUAGAUCUACAUAAGAAUAGCGUAGAAGUAGGUUUCCAGUAAGUAGGGUCAGUGAAGUGUUGAUAACGUAAAAAUGUCGCUGUCAGUGACACCUAUCCGUCCAGUUUAGCUAAACCAUUGUUUAUAUGUUGUAGCUAUAAACCAUUGUUUAUAUAUUGUAACUAAACCAUUGUUUAUAUAUUGGAACUAAA